GCUCUGAAUUUCGGAAUCUGUCUACUGCAGACGAUUAAACCGUUUAUGCCCUCAAUUUGGCUUAUGUUUACAUUCAUCCUCUACGAAGGUAUCCUUGGUGGAUUAUCUUACGUGAACACUUUCCAUCGUAUAAUUACUGAGACGGAACCGGCCCACAAAGAGUACAGCAUGGCGGUGGCAGCAUUUGCGGACGGGUUGGGAAUUACUGCUGCCGGUCUCCUUUCUGUUCCUCUGCACAACACUCUCUGUCGCCUGCUUAAUUAA